AUGGAUUGUAAUAUGUCAAGCCAAGAUGACAUUUAUGAAAAAGAUAGCCUCAUUGACGCCAUCAACAACUAUGCAGAAACAGAAAAUCUGCUAGACUUGUUCGGAACCCUAAAAGAACUAGAAGAGUUGCGUCAUGAGCAAUUUAUCUUGUUGACAUUUAACGCUUUUCAACGGCUACUGUGGAAUCAAAACCUAGAUGGAGCCCUCCACAUGCUAGACUUGUUUCCUUUUUUAUGUUUUUAUGAUAAAUGCACUGAGCAGAUGCUGAUUGAAUAUCUUUUUGACCUGGUGAGUCGUGGAGAAAUUGAUUCAGUCAAACAUAUAAUUGAUUCUUUUGGAAUUUAUAUCCAUGUCGUGAACUCAUCUAAGUACAACCUAUUUGAACAUGCGGCAUCUUCAGGGCAAUAUGAAAUGAUGAUUGUCUUACACAAAGAGCUUGGCCUUUCAAGCGACGAAAGCUUUUUAUUGGAUAGAGCUGCCAGACUUGAUAGGGCGGAUAUUUUGGAAUAUCUCUGGAGAGAAGUAGGAAUAACUCCAAAUCGAAGCGAAAUACUUAUUAAGUCGGCUGUCAAAGGAGGAUCAAUUGAGUCGCUGAAAUUUAUUAGAUUCGUGAUGGGGAUUACAGAUUUUAAAGAACACUCCAUACUUGAAGUAGCUAUAAGCAGCUCAGUUGCACAAGGGUCUACUGAAGUGCUGGACUUUCUUAUCACAUAUUUUAGAAUGAUCUUUAAUCCUAAAAAACUCUUUCCCUUACUUUCACCUUAGGAGUUGAGAAGUUUUUUUGCUUGUGGUGGAGGGAGUGAAUAUUUAUAUAAAAAAGUAUUGAUUAAUAAUUUUUUUACUUUCAAAAACUUCCAAUUUUUAAAUAUUUACAAAGAAAAAUUUACUUUAAUUUGUGUAGCAUGCAAAAAUCUAAAUUAAUGCAAUUAGCUUAUGAUAUCAUUUUUAUGUAAAAUUUUUUUAAUGGCUUAUAUGCUUGCUAACUCUCCAGGUGGUUAGUAAACAAAAUUUUUAUACUUGCUAAAAUUUUAUAAAAUCACAUAAAAACAAUUUUUCUCAAUUUAAAAAAUCUAAGUUUGUUAAUAUUUGAAAUAAGAAUCUAAUUUACCAUAUAAAACUUAUGUUUAAGAAGAUGCAAGUUGUUAAAUUUAAUAAUACUACUGGAGAUCUUGUUAUUACAAUUAUUAAUUCUAUAUAUAAUGAAUUAUUUUUUAAUAUUUUUUUUUAUUAAAAUAUUUUAAAGCUAAUUUUUCAAAAAACAGGGAUUUUUCUAGCAGUUUUGUUUGCUAGCCAAGAGGGUAAAUAAGGGAAAAGUUAGGAGAAACGGAGCCAACGCCUAAGUCAUGCUUAGUCAAUUCACUUACUCGAGCUGCAUAUAAUGGUAAUAUAGAUUUCAUCAGGUAUUACUUUUAUAUAGUAAAGCUAGAUUUUGCUACAGAUAAUCCCAAUAGUGAAUGGGCAGGAUACCUAAAACUGCUGCAAAUUGCAGUUAAAAAAGGUGACUUAAACCUAUUAAAAUGCCUGAUUGAAGAGAUCGGAAUCGAUAUAAAAUUGUUGCCUGAUGCUAGAGAAGAUAGUCUUAUUUUUACAAUUCUAAAGAGAUCUGGAGACAAAAAGACAAAGAAAAUGCUUCUAAGCUAUGCCCUGAAUUUUGAAAGCAAAGAUAACAUCAAAUAUUUUAAAUGCAUGCUUGAUCCGGAGCAGCUGGAUUUAUUAAAGAAGAUGAGGUAUACAGAAACGAAUGGAUAUUGUUACAAGAGGAUUAAAAGAGGGCUGUGGGCUUAA